AGGAUCAUGCUCCUGUUUUCAUCACUUCCUGUCCUUCUGUGUGUGCUGACAGCAGCCAACUCAGAAGCAGAAAUCUCAGGCGAUGCCCAGAAGACGUGCUCAGUGAUUACCUGCGCCAUCCCGGGCAGAGACGGGCGGGACGGACCCAAGGGAGAAAAGGGCGAGCCAGGACAAGGGCUCCGAGGUUUGCAGGGCCCUCCAGGAAAAAUGGGGCCUCCAGGAAAUAUCGGGGCUCCUGGGGUUCCUGGGCCUCCAGGACUAAAGGGCUCCAAAGGAGACUGUGGAGAUAGUCCAGUUGCUGAGACGAUGCUGGCUAACCUGGAGAGGGAGAUAAUGAGCCUGAAAUCAGAACUGGACCGUGUCAAAAAGUUGCAAACCUUCUCCUUGGGCAAAAAGACUGGGAAGAAGUUCUACGUGACCAAUGGUGAAGAGAUGACUUUUUCCAAAGUGAAGGCUCUGUGUGCUGAGCUCCAGGGCACUGUGGCCACCCCUAGGAAUGCCGAAGAGAACAAAGCCAUCCAGGAUGUGGCCAAGAGAACGGCCUUCCUGGGCAUCACGGAUGAGGUGACGGAGGGUCAGUUUAUGUAUGUGACAGGGGGGAGCCUGACCUACAGCAACUGGAAGACUGGUGAGCCUAACGAUGCCAGCGGGGAGGACUGCGUGACCAUCCUGAAGGACGGGCUCUGGAAUGACAUCUCCUGCAGCAUCCCCUACCUGGCCGUCUGUGAAUUCCCAGCCUGAGGAGGCAGCUACCUCAGCCUCCUCCUGACCUCCCUGCUCUGUUCUCUCCUGCUGAAAGAGAA